AAUAUGAUCACAUGAUGCAUGAAAAAUAUUGAAUUGUGUGUUAAAGUGAUUUUACAGUGACAGUGUAACAGUCUGAACCUCUGUUUUCUGAUUAUUUCACACAUUUGCCUUCAGGAGGUGGUUGGUGGCCUGUGGUCCCACCUAGAAAUGAGGGAAGAGAGUGGGAGGGAUCCUGGAGAAGGUGCAGAUGACAGGAGGCAACGUCAGGAGUGGCAGAUCAAUCUGCUGGAUCACAUAGAAGCCGUCCAGGAUGAGGUUUCACACAGGAUGGACUUCAUUGAAAGAGAAUUGGAUGUGCUGGAGAGCUGGCUGGAUCACACCGGCGAGCUGGAACCUCCUGAUCCUCUGGCCCGCCUGCCUCAGCUCAAACAUCGUAUGAAGAGACUGCUGACACAGCUGGGCAAGGUGCAGCAGAUCUCUCUGUACAGCUCCACAUGAGGGCGCUACAGGACAGCACCAGCUUCAGUCACCGCACAGCGAAGGAACUGCAGGACACAAAGGACCCUGUGAUGUCUGCUGCUCCUAAAGGGUUUGUGCGGUGAAAUCUGAUGCUACAGCCGGUGUCAUAUAAAGAUGUAUAUGAACACAUUGAGCAUCAUGAAUCAGGAUUAAACACCAGAAGUAACCUCGUGAAUGCAGGAGAAAACAAAUGGGACCAGAUUACUUUUGUGGUUCCCAUGCUGAACCGUCUGAAUGCCUUUUGUCUGAACGAAUGUGCACGGCCACCCCGUGUCUAGAAGUGCAGAAGCUUCAUAUUCAUCUCGUACUCCAGUAUGCCUCUCUGCAGUCUGUUUUAAAACGGCUACCAUUUCGGUUAACACCGCUUCAUGUGUUCUUUCGCACUUCUUAGCCAGACGUGUGUCGAAACUGUUGCUAUAAUUGUGGACAGUAACUUGAAGACAUUCGGUAUGUAGAAACGGUCUGUAUAAAUGUUGUGUUGCACCUCUAAACAGGUUUGUUUUCUACUACGCUGACAUCACUUAUGUUAUUUUUGGAUUUAGAUAGGAAUGUAAUGUUAAUUUUCUUGUUUUAGCUCUGUAUUAUGGAUGUCGCACCUGAUUUUUACAAUACUGUGGACUUGUCUUCUGCUUACGUAGGAUCAUGUCUGAUAAACACAGCUUCGCCCUGUACAUUUUACUCCUCUUUGAAUCGCUUUUGUCUUUAUUUACAGUGUUUUGAUCAUUUGUAAAUACAUCAAUGAAAAAUGUACACCUCGUAAUUAAGCACAUUCUCCAAAUACCCAUGUUACACUCUACUGUUCAGAUGAAAGCAGGGAUAAAUGUGAAAUGAUGCAAAGGUUUUGUUGGUAAAUAAACUUAUUGAUCACAGA